UUCUUCUUGGAAGAGGCAAUAUGCAAGAUUCCUCCAAUAUAAAUAAAGGGUUUAUUACACAUAUUUUCAGUAAAGAAAAACACACACAGUCACACACACAUUUAUUGCUAAAAUAUGGCAAGCUUGCAGCAGCAGCAGGGCAGUGGCGGUGGGAACACCAACCGUGUUGUCGCGGUGGUGCAGACGCCGCCCGCCGCCGCCGGAAACAAAGAGUUUGAUCAGGAAGAUCAAUUUCAACAGGAACCUGGGUGGAAAAAUUUCUUGAAGCAUGUUGGACCUGGUUUCUUGGUCUCAUUGGCUUACCUUGAUCCAGGAAAUUUGGAAACUGAUUUGCAGGCGGGAGCAAACCACGGCUAUGAACUGUUGUGGGUGAUACUUAUUGGAUUGGUGUUUGCCCUUAUAAUUCAAUCACUAGCAGCAAAUUUAGGAGUCAGCACCGGCAGACAUUUGGCGGAGCAUUGCAAAGCUGAGUAUCCAAUAUUCGUCAAAUUAUGCCUGUGGAUUCUAGCUGAGCUUGCCGUCAUCGCCGCCGACAUCCCAGAAGUGAUUGGGACGGCAUUUGCACUGAACAUCUUAUUUAAGAUACCAGUUUGGGUUGGGGUUCUCUGCACCGGGUGCAGUACUCUACUCUUGCUCGGUCUACAAAAAUAUGGUGUUAGGAAGCUGGAAUUAUUAAUAGCAAUAUUAGUAUUCAUAAUGGCAGCAUGUUUCUUUGGAGAAUUAAGCUACGUGAAACCUCCGGCUAAAGAAGUGAUGAAGGGAAUGUUUGUGCCUAAGUUGAGAGGCCAAGGCGCCACCGGUGAUGCCAUCGCGUUGCUCGGCGCACUCGUUAUGCCGCAUAAUCUUUUUCUUCAUUCUGCUCUAGUGCUGUCGAGAAAGAUACCUAAUUCUGUUCGUGGCAUUAAUGAUACUUGUCGAUACUUCUUGAUUGAGAGUGGAUUUGCACUUUUUGUAGCCUUUUUGAUAAACGUGGCAGUUAUUUCCGUGUCUGGUACUGUUUGCUUAGCAGAUGAUCUCUCAAGUGAAAACGAAGAUAGUUGUAGAGACUUAACACUAAAUUCUGCAUCCUUCCUCCUCAAGAAUGUUUUGGGGAAAUCAAGCUCUACGGUUUAUGCCAUUGCAUUGUUGGCUUCGGGCCAAAGCUCCACUAUCACAGGCACCUAUGCAGGACAAUUCAUCAUGCAGGGAUUCUUGGAACUCAAGAUGAGAAAAUGGACAAGGAAUUUGAUGACAAGGUGCAUUGCCAUAACACCUAGUUUAGUAGUGUCUAUAAUUGGAGGAUCUUCCGGAGCUGGUCGACUCAUCAUUAUUGCAUCGAUGAUACUAUCUUUCGAGCUUCCUUUUGCUCUCAUCCCACUUCUCAAAUUCAGCACAAGCUCCACCAAAAUGGGACCUCACAAGAACUCUAUCUACAUUAUCGUGUUUUCGUGGAUCCUAGGGCUGGGGAUCAUCGGCAUCAACAUCUACUACUUGAGCACUGCAUUUGUCGGGUGGCUUAUCGACAAUGACUUGCCUAAAGUGGGGAAUGUGUUCAUUGGAAUCCUAGUGUUUCCUCUUAUGGCAAUCUAUGUUAUUUCGGUUAUCUAUCUCAUGUUUCGAAAGGACAGGGUUGUGACAUUCAUCGACCCGACCAAGUCUGAUCCGAUCGCCAUGGAAAACGGGCAUCAAGGAGGAGUCGAGAUGCAAAAUGCUCCGUAUAGAGAGGAUCUUGCCGAUAUCCCGUUGCCUAACUAGACUUGUAAUUCGUCUUCGUCUUUCUCAUUUUCCUUUGAUGAGAGAAAUGUACAAGUGCACCUCUACAAAUAUGUUCAGAAAAAUAGAAUAGUUGUAGAUUAAGUUCUUUGUUUUGCCUUUUUUGGACUCCUUUCAUGUGUAAAAUGAAGUUUUAUAUAAUAAGAAAGGCAAAGCCUUUUUUUUGUUUGUGCGACACAAGUAA